GGGGGUGGCUGGGAGCUGGUGGCUGUGCCUGGCCUUGCCGGGGGAGCCGGGGGUGGUGGUGGGUGGGCUGACACAGGAAGUGCUGCACCUUGGCGACGUUCAAAGGCGCCACGCUGAGAUUUCCCCCUUUGCUGUGGCAGUGCGGGUGGCUGGUGCUAGUGUUGAUGGAGGAAGCGCGGGGGGCUGCGGCGGGAGGGCUGCACCCGCCAACCUCGACAGAGCACAGAGGGGGCUGAGGGCAGACCACAGGCCCUGAGCCUGCCCCGGUUUAGUGUCCCAUUGAAACCCUAGUGCCACCCAGCACGUGCAUGGAGGGUUCCUUGUGCCCUGGCUUUGCGACAGCGAUGCUCCAACCGCAGUGUUUCCUCCAAGCACUGUCUCCCAGGUGGUUUGUGCACUGCUCAGGCAGCAUCCUGUCCUUCCCACAGGUGAGGAUGAUGGCCAGCCCAGAGGACGACCUCAUUGGCAUCCCUUUCCCUGAGCACAGCAGCGAGCUGCUGAGCUGCCUGAACGAGCAGCGGCAGCUGGGGCUGCUCUGCGAUGUCACCAUCAAGACACAGGGGCUGGAGUACCGCACCCACCGCGCUGUCCUGGCUGCCUCCAGCCGCUACUUCAAGAAGCUCUUUGCAGGGCCAGGGCCAGGGCAGGAGGUCUGCGAGCUGGACUUUGUGGGGCCAGAGGCGCUGGGCGCGCUGCUGGAGUUUGCCUACACAGCCACACUGACCAUCAGCAGCGCGAACAUGGGCGAGGUGCUGCGCGCUGCCCGGCUGCUGGAGAUCCCCUGUGUCAUCGCUGCCUGUGUGGAGAUCCUGCAGGGCAGUGGGCUGGAGGCGCCUGGCCCCGAUGACAGCGACUGUGAACGUGCUCGCCGCUACCUGGAGGCUUUCGCCACCCUCCCCGAGGGUGAGCUGCCUGCCCCGCCACCACCCCGCCCCGCCGCCCGGCGCAGCAAGAAGACCCGCAAGUUCCUGCAAGCCCCCGGUGCCCGGCUCAACAACCAUGCUGAGGAGCCACCCGCUGAGGUGGCUGAGGGCUGUGGCAGCCCCCCACCGCCCCCACAACUGCCCUCACCCCCCCUGCCCGAGGGGCUGCCCCUGCCCUAUGACAGCUUUGAGCUGCCUGAGGAGGAAGAGCUGCCCCCACACUCCUUCCCCUUCCCCUACCAGCCCCCCCUGUCCCCUGAGGAGGCCACCUCUGACGAUGAUGCCAUUGACCCCGACCUGAUGGCAUACCUGAGCUCACUGCACCAUGAGUCGCUGACACCUGGGCUGGAUAGCCCUGACAAGCUGGUGCGCAAGCGCCGCUCGCAGAUGCCCCAGGAGUGCCCUGUCUGUCACAAGGUCAUCCACGGCGCCGGCAAGCUGCCUCGCCACAUGCGCACACACACGGGUGAGAAGCCCUUCGCCUGCCAGGUGUGCGGGGUCCGAUUCACACGGAACGACAAGCUGAAGAUCCACAUGCGGAAACACACGGGUGAGCGGCCCUACUCCUGCCAGCACUGCAGCGCCCGCUUCCUGCACAGCUAUGACCUGAAGAACCACAUGCACCUGCACACUGGCGCCCGGCCCUACGAGUGCAACCUCUGCCACAAGGCCUUCGCCAAGGAUGACCACCUGCAGCGGCACCUCAAGGGCCAGAACUGCCUGGAGGUGCGGACCCGCCGCCGCCGCCGCGAUGAGCCGCCCCCGCCGCCCGCCGGUCCCCCUGGCCUCGACCUCUCCAACGGGCGACUGGAGGGGCUGCGCCUCUCCAUCGCCCGCUACUGGGCUCCAGGGCAGCCCGAGGAGGAGGAAGAGGAGCCGGAGGGCGAGGAAGGGCCACAACCAGAUGGCGCUGUGCCGGUGGAGACGGCAUAGGGCCGAUGCAAUGGCCGUGCCGUGCCGAGCUGUGCUGUGCCCACCAGGGUUUCUGUUCCCGUUUUUCCCGUCACGGUUCAUUCCCAGUUAUGCAAAGGGGGAAACCCCCCCGGCCGAUUUGCACAAGGGGGUGGGGGGUCCCUACCACCCCCCGCCGUGCCCAGGCCUACCUGGUCAUGCCCAGGUGGGUGAAGGGGGGAUUGGGAUUUGGGUGUCCUCUCACCAAACUCCCCUCGUGGAUGCCAGGACUGGGCAGGGGCACCCAUGGACCGAGAUCCCCCCCAGCUGGAGAGAGCCUCCUGUGCUCUCCCCGGUGUGGGGGUACCAACUGCCCUGCGCUGUGCAUAGCUUGUCCCCCUCUCCCCACUCUGAGCAGCCCCCCCCGGCGAGCCCCCCUCGCCCCUGCACUCCCGGCUGCUUUCUCUUGGUUGCACUAUUCGGGUGAGCCCACCCGGGUGCGGGGCAGCCCCGGCCCCUCCCCGGCCCCAUCCCCCUUCCGAAACCCCCCGGCCCUGUGGGACCCACCUCCCUGGGGUGGCCGGGCCCCCACGGUCACCCCUCUGCCCUUUGCACAUGCCCCCCGCAGGGCGCAGCCUCCCCGGGGGAGUAGGGGACCGGCACUAUUUGUCUACAAUAAGAGUUUUAUCUAUAUUUAAAAAGAUGAUGUAAUAUAUUCCCUUCCCCGGCCCCUCCGCUGCCACCCGCCAGCGCUGCCCGGCCCCCACAUCUGUCCCUUGCCAUGGGGUGCCGGGAGGGGUGAUGGGGCUGGGGGAGCUCCGCUCCCAUCAUGGCUUUAAAGUGCCUUAUGGUGAACUUGAACCUUUUCGGCUACUUGAACCUCUCUGGUGUCAGGAACCAAACGAACCAUGGGCGGGCGGCCUCCCCGCCCCUCUGGGCCGCCUCUGCCUGUCUGUAUGUCUGUGUUUGUUUUUGUUUGUUUUUUUUUUUAAACGAAGGCUGCUUGUUAAUAAACGGAGAAGCAGGGA